AUGAACAGCAACAAAGAUGUUAUGUUGCCAAACUUUCUGGGAGAGGACACUCUUGAAGUUGGACAUCGAGGGACAAUUAAAGAUUAUCCAGGCUUCAGCCCUUCAGUGGAUGCUGAAGGUGUUCGCAAGGCAAUCAGAGGAAUUGGAACCGAUGAGAAGACGCUCAUCAACAUUCUGACAGAGAGGUCUAACGCACAGAGGCAGCUGAUCAUUAAGGAAUAUCAAGCAGCGUAUGGAAAGGAGUUGAAAGACGACUUGAAGAGUGAUCUCUCUGGCAACUUUGAGCAUAUAAUGGUAGCCCUUGUAACUCCACCGGCAGUGUUUGAUGCAAAGCAGCUAAAGAAAUCCAUGAAGGGAACUGGAACAAAUGAAAAUGCAUUGAUUGAAAUUCUAACCACCAGGACAAGCAGGCAGAUGAAGGAGAUCUCUCAAGCCUACUAUACAGUAUAUAAGAAGAGUCUUGGAGAUGAUAUUAGUUCUGAAACAUCUGGUGACUUCCGGAAAGCUCUGUUGACUUUGGCUGAUGGCAGAAGAGAUGAGAGUCUGAAAGUGGAUGAACAUCUGGCUAAAAAGGAUGCCCAGCUUCUCUAUAAUGCUGGGGAGAAGAAAUGGGGCACAGAUGAAGAUAUAUUCACUGAGAUCCUGUGUUUAAGGAGCUUUCCUCAACUGAAGCUAACAUUUGAUGAAUAUCGAAAUAUCAGCCAAAAGGACAUUGAGGACAGCAUAAAAGGAGAAUUAUCUGGGCAUUUUGAAGACUUACUGCUGGCCAUAGUUCACUGUGCGAGGAACAUGCCUGCCUUUUUGGCUGAAAGACUGCAUCAGGCUUUGAAGGGUGCAGGAACUGAUGAAUUUACUUUGAACAGAAUAAUGGUUUCCAGAUCAGAAAUUGACCUUUUGGACAUUCGAGCGGAGUUCAAGAAGCAUUACGGCUAUUCACUAUAUUCAGCAAUUAAAUCAGAUACUUCUGGAGACUAUGAAAUCACUCUCAUAAAGAUCUGUGGAGGAGAUGACUGA